CCCAUGCAUGCAAAGAGAUGGCAGAUCCAAGGGGGAAACAACCUACAAAACUGCAUUUACAGGCGCCACGCUGAAGAUCUUAGCUGCAAAUCACCAAGUCGAGGAAGGAGACUCCGAACAGACCUGAAAACAGAGGGAUAUCAAACUCUGAUCCAAAUUCGGAAUCACUAAGGCGAAGAUUCGAGGGGCAGAGAGGGCAGAGAGAGAGGGAGACCUCAAAAACUGCAUGAUUGAAUAGUAAUGGAAAUCGGAAUCAAAUUGGGGAAAUUUCCUUUUU